CUAAAUUAUGUUUCUAUCAAUACACACACCGAGUAUAAACUUCCUUGUCUAUAAAUGUGUUUAGCACUGGAACGCUGUUUAUAAUUAUUGAGAUGUCGGCAAAAACAGAAAAUGAGGACGAUGUUUAUGCGAAAUUAGUGAAGGGUUUGGUAACAUCGGUACAAUCAGAAACAGUAUCUGAAGAAGCAGAGCGUAUUCGUGCUGCUAUACAUUUCUAUUUAAUGGCCUGGCUUGGUGAAGUUGAAGAUAUAAAUCCGCUGUUUAAGGUUAAAGAGUUGAUUGGAGUGGGUAGUUAUGCUGAAGGCACAAAGAUAAUCGAACCUAAUGAGUUUGAUUACUUAGCUGUAAUUGAUGACUUCUCCAAACCAGGUCUGUUGACAAUAGAUAAAGGGGAAUCAAGGGUUUACGAAGGAUUAGUAAAAGUCAAAGUUGAAGACGAUAAUUUAAGGUCUAGAUGUAGCCAUCUAUGUAAAAGUGGCCAUUUACAAUGCUUUCAACCAAUAAACUUUCCGAAGUCAGGUGAACAUCGAUUCGGACAUGUUUUUAUUGAGGCACUUUUAAAGUAUGCAAAGAAAAAUGGAUUACGAUGGAGACUUGGAGAAGGUACUCCAAUAUACUUCUCAGGUCAACUCAAUUUACCAUCUGUUAACAAGAUAUCCCUCGUGUUAGGAGGAGUUGAAUACAGUGCACCGAAUGUUCUCAUUUAUUUCAAGUACAAAGACAGGGAAAUAACAACUGAUUUAUCCCCAGCAAUAAGAUAUUUUCAACUUGAAGAUUGUUUUAAAGUAGACGACUGUGCAGGUCCAGUUUUUGCAGAACUUGUUUUAAGUCGCAAGUCCCUACUGCUGAUUGGAACUUCAAACGAAUCAUAUUUUAAAAUCACAGUCACCGAAGCUGAGGUUGAAUACAUGACAAGGGUUAUGAAAACUGAGCACAAAACCAUCUAUAUAUUUUUAAAGUAUAUAGCAAAAUUAUAUCAAGACAAAGUAUACAAUUUUUAUCCUUUCACUUCCUAUAUGUUGAAAACAGUUUGUUUUCACCAUGAUAUCAAUUGUAAAGCAGGAAAGAAAUCAAUAAGAAACUGUCUUGAAGUGGUGAUAGACGAUCUAAUCGUAUGCGCUGAGCAAGAGUAUGUUAUAAGUAUCCUAAACAAUCACAUUCACCUUAAAUCAAACUACCCCGAUCGCCUGCUCAAGGAUUACGGAACAAGUAUGUUGACAGGCAUGAAGAACCUUUGCAUAUUACCUCAUGGUAUCAACACACUUGAUGCAUUUAAUGAAUUUGUUUGGAACGUUGUGCUGGAAGAGAAACAGAAAAGAGAUAAAGAACGUGAUGAAGAAAAGAAAAAUACUGAUGAAAUAAUCAAAAAGUCCAGAGAAAAAAUCAAAAGAGAGGUUUCAAAACUAACUGAUAUGGGCUUCACCACUGAUGAAGCCGAGAGUGCUUUGAGGAGAGCCUUAGAUGACCCUGAACUGGCUUUGGCAACAUUAAAAUAUGAAGCAGAAAAAAGAAAGGACAAAACAGUAAUGGAAUCUGACGUCGAAUCUGGAAAAGAGAAACGGAACGAGAGUUUGCCAAAUACCGUUCAAUCUAAUGUUCCUGCAUUGAACAGUGGUGCAAAUGAAACUGAUACAUCAAUAAAUUCAACAGGGGAGUCUCCUUGUGUUACUCAACAUGGGCUAACUUUAAUUAUCACCGAGGAAGUGAUAUAUGAACGACAAAAACAUUAACAAUUCAUUCAGCACAUAGCAUUGAAUUCUCAGAUUACUAUUACAAUUUGUAAUCUUUGGCAAGCAAAAACUAUUUUUGUUACGUGGGAUAUUUGUUUCUUUGCUUGUUGAUAUUUUUGUUCUUAGUUAACGAAAUCAAUACUAUGAGAAAUUCAAUAUAUGUCCAUCAAUUUUAAUACAUUAUACUUGAUAUAUAUGAUCAGGAACUAGAAUAUGGAACACUAAACUCAUGCAUACGUUAAGGAUAGCGUAAUUAUUAAUAAGAACGUUUUCAACGUUUAGUCAAAGUACCAAGUAAUAUUAAACCUAGUUAAAAGAAAAAAAGCUUGUACACUGCAUUAUGCAUAUGUUUUUAUUAUGCCCUAGAACAUUUUAAUCUCUAAAAAUUCAUGAAUGUAUAAAAGAAUUAGAUGAUAUGUAAAUGAUUUUACAAGGUGUUUAUUUUGAAAAUGUUUAAAUUAUUAAGUGACUGGUAAGCCCAACAUGACUGGUUGUUGUAAAUAACACAAUGUAUGUAAAUAACACAAUGUCACUAUUAUAAAAUUUUAUCUUAUCUUAAUAUCACCAUGACUUGUAUCUAUUGCAACUAGAAAAAUGCAAGGUUUAUAUAAGAAAUAAAG